CACCUCAGUUGCGAGAUGAACCCCACCGUAAGCAUCGCUGUCAUCCUGACAGUCCUCCAGGCUGCCCACUGCCAGAUGAUCAAGGACCUGAGUGCCUGCCUGCUGGGCCAGAACCUGCGUGUGGACUGUCGCUAUGAGAACAAAACCGACAACCCCCUGACUUAUGAGUUCAGCAUCACCAAGGACAACAGGAAGCACGUCAUCCACAGCACCAUCAGCGUCUCCGAGAACAUCUACCGGAGCCGAGCCAACGUCACCAUGCACAAGAACCUGGUGUGCCUCCACCUGCAAAGCUUCACCACCAGCGAUGAGGGCAUCUACAUGUGCGAGCUGAAGGCUACCAACGACUACACCGGCAACCAGAUAAGGAACAUCACUGUUAUCAAAGACAAACUGGAGAAAUGCGCCGGCUUCAGCCUCUUGAUCCAGAACACCUCGUGGCUCCUGCUGCUGCUCCUUUCCCUGCCUCUCCUGCAAGCCGUGGACUUUGUGUCCCUGUGA